GGGGUUAUGGAAGGUAGGACAAAAGUUGAACCUAUUUAUAGGGAAGUCACCGAAGCACCGCGGAAAACUGAUUUGGUGCUCGUCAAGAUGAGGUCAUUCGUGCUCCUCUUGGCCCUGCUGCAGUCUCUGGGAGCCUCAGGCGGGCGGCGGUACAGCUCCGAGCAGUCCAACAGAGGCCUCGCAGCAGCUGUGGCUGGGCUCAACUCAGUGUAUGACGCCAGCCAUCUUUACCGGGCGACCCGCAGCUCUGUCAAAAGGGUUGUUUCCGUGGGCCUGAACACCGUUGACCUGCUGAUGGUGUUUGGCGUUAAAGAGACGCAGUGUGCGAAGGCGUCCGGGAGUGACCCGCAGACGUGUGCCUUCCGACGGGGAUUCCUUGUGCCCUCGUUCACCUGCUCCAGCCGGGUGAGGGUGUUCCCCACCUCGGCCCAGGUGGCGUCUCUGAAAUGUGGAAAGGACAGCAGCUCCAGCUCCAGCUCCGAGUCCAGUGAGGAGAUGUUCUCAAGAGGGAGACACCAGUUCAACUCCCCAUUUGAAAACAUUGUUCCAGCUCCGUCUGCACCUCCUUCUGCACCUCCUCCUCCUCCUCCUGACGAGACGACGGAUGAGUAUCCCGGACGAGGAGACACUUUCAGCAACUUCCUGUGAAGGGCCAGCUCUGCUCAGGGAAACAUUUCGGUGCUGAUCGGAAAGCAAACCUGAAUUAAAGACAGAUUUAGCCCAUAA